GUCGACACAAAAAGAUGGUUGUUUGUGUUUUAGAACUAAAACAUUUUUUGUAGAAAAGGUGACGGACUGUUUGGAGGACAUUUAAUCGGCAGCUUCACGAAAAGAAGAAGGAUUCUCCAGACGUGCAGCGAGAGCUGAGUCAGGAGAAUGGCAGACUUUGGAGCUGAAGAGGAAAAGGACGACUUUAGCAACCGUCAGGGUGGAGAGAAAAGAAUGAUCAUUCAGCCGACAUCUUUAGAGGAUCCCAAAGUCAUCAAACUUAAAGAGGUUUUGUUGGACUGGAUCAACAGCACUCUGAAAGUUGAACACAUUGUGGUGCGAUCGCUGGAGGAAGACCUCUAUGACGGACUCGUCCUUCAUCACCUGUUACGCAGGUCAGCUGGUAUUGAUCUUCACGUGGAGGAGAUUGCGCUGAGCACUGGCGCUCAGAUACGCAAGCUAGAAGUGAUCCUGAAAGCCCUGAACGAGACCUUAGAGCUCAACGUGGACCAGGCCAAGUGGAGCGUUAAACUCAUUCACAGCAGGGAUCUGUUGGCCACACUGCAUCUCCUGGUCGCCAUUGUGAGGCGUUUUCAACCCGAUCUGGUCCUGCCUGCUAAUGUCACCGUGGAGCUCAUCCAGUGCGAGGUGACAAAAAGCGGCAUCAAGGCGGACAAGCAGACAGAAUUCAUCACAUUUAGUGAAUCCAGCAACGAGCUCGACAGAGAGUCUAACAAGGAAUGUCCCAUUGAUGAGCUCUUCAAGCUGGAGGCGCACAAAAUCGAGACCGUGAAGAAGGCCAUUUUGCACUUUGUGAAUAAGAACAUGGCAUCUCUGGGACUGAACGUUACGGAUCUCGAUAAACAGUUUGCAGAUGGAGUGAUCCUUCUCCUGUUGAUCGGUCAGUUGGAGGAUUUCUUCAUUCCUCUGUGCGACUUCUUCCUUUGUCCUGUCAGCAGCUCGGAAAUGCUCCAUAAUGUGACGCUUGCGUUGGAUCUUCUUAUAGACCGAGGCUUUCCAGUUCAAUCCGUUGACCCACAAGAUAUUGUUUCCCAAGAUGUCCCUGCUACUGUGAAAGUGCUGUAUUAUCUAUUCAACAGGCACAAAAACAAAUAAUCUGCCGCACUUUUCUUCUAUUCAGUGAAAUCUGUGUGACGUUUUCAAUAAUUAAAUUGACUGUAAAUGUGCGUCUGUCUUCUGACUGAAAAUCAAAGGGCACGUAGUUGACAGUGGGAUUGCUUUGGCACUCGCAGUGUUACAACACAUUAGAAGCAAUUGAACAGAGUGUCUCUGAACCAUUUGAAGAGGCUUCAGAGCGAAAAUGAGAGAACGUGGCCACUCAUCUCAUCACGGAAAUUGCGUUUGGAUGCUGACGGCUUCAAUUUAAUGUCACCUCUUCAUUCUCUUUCCUUGUUUUUUUUUUACUUGCGGACAAAUGUACAUUAAUGUAUCGCACAGCUGCUUUAUGUUAAUGGCAGCUUGUUUUUAAAUAAAAGUGGCACAUGUAUCAGAA